UGUAUCUGGAGAAUAAACCGUGUGAUCAGUAAUGCUUGUGUUUCUAGAUAAAGUGCAACUUUUUUAUUUAAUUUUAAUGCUAAUGUAAUUUUAAUAUGCAAGAAAUCAAUGAACAUGUAUUCUGAUGAUUGGUAUUUAUGGUAACCUCAAUGAUAUUCUAUAUUUGGAACUGAUGAUGCCAUUAAUUAGCGUGUAGGAGCAUCUGCACAAAAACUCAGGCAAUAUAGUAUUAUUUGAUUAUAUAUUAGUAUAUUAUAUCAACUUGUGCAACUUGCAUGGCCCUCACAAUACUAUGUAUGAUGAUAAACAGUGAGCUGUGUUCUAUGUUGUGAGCUGAAAAUGUUUAUUUUAAUUGAAAAUGUUUUAAAAUCCCAACUUGCUGAAUGUGCAUGGUGUCUGCAUGUAGCUUAGAAGUAUGCUUCUAUUGCUAAAUCAUUAUAUUUCUGAUGAAAAUAUUACACGAUAUUGCAUGCCUUUUUCGUUUUGUUUAUGAUUAGGUCUGUCUGAAGAUGAAGCUGGUGUUGUUUGAUUCUAGUGUUCCUUUGUUUCUUAUCUGAUGUUGGAACUCUCUAUGGCAGUAACUACAAGUUUUCUUGCUGCUCGAAACAAUGGACACUUCAGAAAUUAAUUCUUCUCGAGGAUAUGGUAAACCACCGUGGAUUUUCAAGGGAAGUGCCUUGUACCAGCUCCAUCUUGUGAAGGCAGAGACAGCUCGAGCAUUCAUUCCCAAAGAACUCAGAUUAGUAGAGGCGUUCGGGUAUACUCUUGGAGGAUUCUUUCUUGCUAAUUAUGAGGAGAGUCCUGCUGGGAUAUUUGAUGAGCUUGUGGUAAUAGCAGGAAUUGUUUGGAACCCUCCUACUUCUUGUGCUUUGGACGUGGAUGAUCUAAGUCCAUAUUUAUCUUGUGCUCCGGGCGUAUGGAUAUUAGGUCACGCUAGUGUUUCAGAUACUACUAUACAUCAUUUUCUGUUUUCCUACAUUUUACUACUGGAAGACGAUGACCUUAGUUGCACCACUUUGAAAAUGCUGUUAUAUAUAAAUUUAUAUGUUCAGAGCGUGAGAGCACUUCCCGUGUCAAAAAGGAGUCGAUUUGGUGGCUUUAUGAACAAGAUUGGCAUCAGUGAUAGCAUGGAGAAAUGUUUGGAUAUAAAAGUAGAAGAGAUGAACAAUCACACAGCCAUGGACUUGUGCAGUAUCAAACUCACUGCUGCUGCAUCUCAAAAAGACACUGGAAGAUGGAUGGGCCCAGAAAUCAAGAUGUCACUCCCAAGCUUCAGCGGCCGCACAGAGCACAUUCCUCACCUCCUUAAGUAUUCUUGCCAUAUUGGAUGCAGGGUGAGAGCAGUGUCACCAGCUAAAGUGUGUGGUCCAUUUGCAUCAAAUAUGGAUGGUGAGAGUACGGACGGGUAUUCUGGAAAUGAGAAGAGAGACCUCAGCAUCUCCGUGAUGCUAUCAAAGCCUAUUCUAGCCUUGGAGUUCAACUGUCUGCAAAUGAAGGUGGAAGUUCCAACAAUCAUUCCACAGGAGAAGCACGGAUGAAAAAGUGACCCGUGUCGUUGUUGUUACUUUAUAACUUGCUUCCGUAGUUUCCACAUGUUCAUUCUUUGAUUUGCAAGAUGAUUUGUUCUGUCUAAAUAUCGUUGGGAAAUAAAUGUCUCUUAAUCUUAUAAUGGUUGUUACUA